AUACUGAAAUCAUCGAUUGCAAAGUCACAAAUCGAAUGAUACUGUAUUAUUCUGCUCGUUAAAAUCGUUUAAAAAAUGGUGUAUUACGCGUUAACUGCAAUUAGUUUUCUUAUAGCAAGUGUCACUUGUGACCCACUUAUCUUAACUCCAUUAAUCAAGAACAACAGAACCAGCGAAGCAUUAUCUGCAUCAAGGGUGAAUUACUCUCCUUUUGGAAAAAUCGUCAGUUAUUCAGGUUUCCUAACUGUUAACGAGAAAUUUAAUUCAAAUAUGUUCUUUUGGUUCUUCCAAUCAGAGAACGAUUACAGAAACGAUCCAGUGAUACUAUGGCUCCAAGGAGGACCAGGAGCAAGUUCUUUAAUAGCGUUGUUUGUAGAAAACGGUCCCUUUAAAAUCAGUAGCAACAACAGUGUAGAAUUUCGACAAGAAUCCUGGACCAAAAACCAUUCCGUUCUGUAUAUUGAUAAUCCUGUUGGAAGUGGAUUCAGUUUUACCAAAGAUGAUGCUGGAUUCGUUCGUGACGGAAACUCAACGGGGGCAGACAUCUACGAAGCAUUGGUGCAAUUUUUCAAACUGUUUCCUGAACUUCGGAAGAACAAGUUCUUCAUUGCCGGUGAAUCUUACGCUGGAAAGUACGUUCCUGCCAUAGGUCACGUGAUAUUGGAAAAAAAUCCCAAAGCUCAAGUCCCAAUUUAUCUCGCUGGAGUGAUAAUUGGUGACGGUUUCUGUGAUCCGGUCAACCAGAUGUACUACGACGAGUUCUUAUACCAAAUAGGACUGAUCGACCUCAACGGUAAGACACAAUUUAGAGAAGUGGAAGAGAAAAUUAUUUCCUUGAUAAAAAACGAACGGUGGCGAGAAGCCUUCGAUUCAUUUGAUCAACUUAUCAAUGGCGAUUUGAGUCCGUCAACUCUGUUUAGGAAUCUGACAGGCUUUACCAGCGUCUAUAACUACUUGGUUCCAGAUGGUACAGCAGUACUUGUCGAACUUGCUCGUGUUAGUAGAUACCUGCAAAGCCAAAACGUUCGAAAUGCACUUCAUGUAGGUAAUUCCAGUUUUAAUAUCGUCAACAGCACCGUUGAAGUGAGGCUGCUGAACGAUUACAUGAAAUCCGUUGCCCAUUGGCUGACUGAACUGCUGGAUAACGUGCAAGUUUUGAUCUACAAUGGACAAGUGGACACCAUAUUCCCAUACCCUCUUGUAGAGGAUUAUCUGAGACAGUUGACUUUCAAAGAUGUACAAUCGUACAAAAACGCAAAGAGGGAAAUAUGGCUUGUUGAUAACGAGGUGGCUGGAUAUAAAAAACGGGCGGGAAAGUUCACAGAAGCUUUGGUCAGAAAUGCCGGUCACGUAUCUAUACGAGAUCAAUCCAAAUGGGUACUGGAUCUAGUUAAGAAUUUUACGCAUUCGUAAAUCCUUAUUUUAAAUUUUAAAAUUUCUGUGUAAACUGGCAAACAAUAUUUGAGAGAACCUUAAUAAGUGUUUGUGUGUUAAAAUAGUGUUCUGAGUUGAUAAUAUUAUGUACCUGAAUCACAGGCCACACCAUCUGAAUAAAAUACUUACUGAGAAAA